CACGAAUGGAGACGGAGAUAGAUACGCAUUGCUAGCAAAAACUGUCUGCAGAAAUACAAAGGCAAAAGGUAAUAAUAUUUUUAUUUUCAUUAGAGCUGUAUUUGAUCCAUCUGAGUGAGAGAUUUUAAAGAGAGAACGUGAAAGGGUAGACAGAGAGAUUAGACGAAGGUAAAGACACUGCAGUGGAGCUGGAAUAUGGAUGCACAGUCUGAGAGCUGUGAACCACCGCCAUGUGACCCUCAGCCUUCAGGUAAAAUCAGGAAAGCCUUCAAGCUGUUCGGAAAGCGAAAGCCAGGCAGCAGUGUCGCCAGCAUAUUCUCCAUGCGAGGGAAAGGAGAUGGAGGCCCUAAAUCACCACCAUCAAGAAGCAAAACUCUGGAUAGAUUAAAUGAGCCUACCGCCCCUGAAGCAGAGGCAGAGCAAGUGGAUCUUGACCAGGAAGAGGAGAGUCAACAGGAGGAUGCCCCAGUGGAGGAGUUCACGAGCAGGAACAUAAAUUCAGAAACCACCCCAACGAGGCAGUCCAUCUCCUCCCUCACAUCUGCUAAGUCCCUGACCUUCCUUAAUAUGCUUCGCAAAGGCCGAAGAGGAGUAGCGGGAGAACGGCAGACUCAGACCGAGUCUCAGAGGCCCGGGCGACAACGCAAAGGCCUAAAGGGAUUGUUUGGUAGUGUACGCUGGCGUGGUAAAGAGAAGGAUGAAGAGGAGGCUGAACCUGGCCCUCCCCUUCUUGCUUCCCGCUCCAACAGUGUUGAAAUUAUAAAGGAGAGUGUACCAUUGACACCUGGGCCGACACCUCGUUCUGUGGAGGAGCAACAGCAGGAGGAAAAGAAACAGCUUCCUACUCCACAAGAGGGCCAAACAUCAUCUGAGGACUCUGCAAAGGUGAGCGAGGCAACAAAACAACCAACAAAUGAACGCUUGAGCACGCUGCUUGGAGAUAUCUCAUCAAUUUUGAGCUUUGAUUCACUGACGGCAUGUGGAGAUAUUGUAGCAGAUGUUGAGGCAGAAUGGGUCAAAGCCAGCACUCGAAUGGAGGGACCAACUACACUGAAGGUGAAUGAUUCUGAAAAGGAUAAUACUUCAUCUUCUGCAAUUUCAACCAGAUCAAAGCACAUCCCUUCUCCUACAUCCACUCUCAGCCCUACCCCCUCCUCCAAACCUUCGCCUACUUCAGCGACCAAAUGCAUUCCUUCACCUUCCACCACUAAACCCAUCAGUCCUUUGAUAAAACCUGCAAUUUCCUCAAUAUCUACUCCAGUGACCAAAUCGUCACCAUCCAUGUCAUCUUCCCCUAUUUCCCCUACCCCAACAACCAGCCCUGUCGCCAAACCUACCCCAACCCCAUCAGCUUUGUCCAUUACCCAGUCUACCCCAACACCAAUACCAACCCCAAUAACUAGGGCAACCCCACCUUCAACAUCUACCCAGAUUAUUCAAACUACCCCAACCCCUACACCUGUCUCCAUUGCACAGUUUGCCCAGGGCACUAUAUUGAGCCCCACAUCUAAAACCACCAUUUCCCCAACCAAACCUGCCCGGUCUCCUAAAUCUAGCCCUGAAAUCAAACCUGCCACAAUACUACCAUCUAGUCCCACAACAACCCCCAUGCCCAAAUCAAUCUCAACCUCUACACACACUCCUGUCUCUGUCUCUACCCCUAUUUCUGAAACAUCACCCCCACCAACAACCCCUGAACCUGCUGCAGUCUCAAAAACAGAACCUACACCAACCCCUGUGAUUAAACCCACCCAAGCCCCAACCCCUGUAACAAAACCCACUCCAAGCGUUACCAAUGAAUCUAAACAUGCCACUUCAACCUCUGCAACAAAAUAUACCCCUUACCCACCACCAUUUGGUAAGUCUACCCCAACCCCUGCAUCAACACCAAGACCAAAACUUAUAACAACUUUUGGAUUAUCGACAAGUCGGAAUACAGCUCCUAUCACCAAACCUGAGACAAAGCAGCCCACAGGACAAGCUACAAAAUCUAGCCAAUCCACCACCCAAACUGACAAAACUGGCACAACAUCGAGAAAAGCCUCAGUCUCUGAACCGCCUGCACCCAUUGCUAAAUCCCCUUCUGCUGUUAGCUCUCAAAAAAUUAUCUCUACACCUCAGAGUCCUGUUCUCAAGUCUCCUCCAUGUACUGCUCCACCUCCCAUUUUAUCAAGAAGAGUGGAAGAAGAGGAUGUCAGACAAGAAGGAAUUGAAGCAAGAGACUCUAUGGCUGCUCAAAGCCUCACCAAGGCAGUAAAAAAGGGUCCUGCAGUGAAGCCCACAUCUCUGAGUAAGAUCCCUGUGAGUGGUGGAGGCAGACCUACAAAGCAGCAACAUCGAGAGGCCCAGCCCAAUGGAGAUGAAGAACAUUCAAAUCUACCAACACCGGUACAUGAAGAGGAGAGUCCAUUCUCUCUCUCACGAGAAAGUAGCAGCAAGGAAGCCCUCAGUGAUUACUCCACAGAAUCAGGAGCUGUCACCCCAACCCUCUCCCAAAGCCAAGAGGACAUUCUGUACGGCAAACUUGGUCUGCAGGCAUCUGCACGUCCUACAGCUAGUUCCACAAGCUUAGCCCGGGAGUCCAAGAUCCCAAUCAAACAUGGCUCCACUGCAACCUACCAUUCAGUGCAGGGAAGGGCAGAGGCUGGACGCUCCAAAAUACCUGUGUCCAAAAUGCCCGUCCGCCGGACCAGCAAUAAGCCUGCACCUGCAGCUACAGCUGCUGUCACCCGAAAAUAAUGGAUAAUAUUAUUCUGUAUAUGAAAAAACCUGAAACAUUCCACUGGCCACAGUCUUCUCAAGAUCUUAUUUUUGAUAUUCAGUCAGGCAUCAUUGUGCCUGUUUUAAGCCUUUUUGCAGCAGAUAUCCUUACAGGUACAACUGGAUUGUAAUCAUUAAUGGAAUUAUUUUUCACACCGUGUCAAUCACUGUUAAAUUCUUGUAUCAACUAGAUGUUUCUAUUCAUAUCACUGUUAAACAGACUGACGCUGUGGAUUCAACCCUGUGCACCACCAGGAACAGACAGCACACAAAUAGGCUCUGUCUAAAUGAUCCCCAUGGCAACCUAACAUGCAAAUUAAAAGGCAGGCACUAAAGCACAAGAGCCCUCACCUGUAAUCCAAAGCCAUGAAGAUCUUCUCUGCAGAAGCAAGCAGUGCAUCUGUCCAUUAUCUCUGGUAAAGAGCAUAAUCUUGUCAACAGCAUCAAAAUGGUCCAUAAUGGUCUGAUGUCAUAAUUAAAAGCCUCAGAGAAGAAGCAAGCAAUCCAACAUGGAGUCUUGUGGUUUUUGUCCAGGUCUACAACACCAGAGGGUCUCAGAAUCAUCACAAAGGUGCUUUUUCUUAUAUUCCUGGCCUGCCACGGCAGGAAAAAAAACAACUGUUUUUGUUACAGAGCAAUGGAGGAUAUUUGUAGCCUUUGUUAUUUGGCCUUCUUUUUUAGAUUUUCUUGUGUCUGGUGUCUUUUUUCAAUUUUCUUUUUGAAGUGAAUUUUGUGGAUCAACGUUUGUCUUCUUGGAACUCCCAUGUGUUGUAUGCAAAGAAACAGAAUCUCCUACAUGUACAGUUAAUGCCAAGAUAGGAUAUUCCACAGUAUCUUUUGAAUGUAUGUAGCAGAACGCAUGCCCUACUUAAACAGAUGAGCCAUCUCACCUCUCUUCCUCUCCCCACAACGUUCUUUUCCUGCUGUUUUUUUUUUUUUUUUAACACUGUGUUAAGUCACACAGUGCCUGUCAACUGUGUGUGUAACAUGUCAUCAAAGAACCAUGUGGCAUACUGUACGGAUAUAGCUAUGUGGAUUUUUUUUUUCUGGCUGCAUUGAACAUUAUGUGAGAUUUCUUUAAAGAAGUCCAAGGACAGUAGAAGUGGUUUUUCACAGGCAGUUGGUCUUAUAGGUAAGCUGAGACUUUCAUGAAUAACAGUGGUGUCAAGCUUUGGAUGGAUAGGUUCUUUUUUGAAGUUGCCAUCACAUGCACAUGUUCAUGGUGUGUAUGGGUGGGAGUGUUUAUCUUAAUGUCACUGUUUCCUAUUUAAUCAAUAAAAUGUGAUUAUACCUGGAAUAGUUUCAAUGUCAUGCAAUGGUUAAAUGUUAAUGAUUAUUGAGUGAGAUGAGGAUUUGGAAUAUAUUUGAAAUAGCAUAUUGCUCUUGCUAUUUCUGCAUUAUAUUUUAUGUAUACUGUACACAGUAUACACAUUUUCUCCAGUAUUACUCCAAUACUUUAUGUGCCAAAAUGAAUACUGUAUGAAUAUUACAUACAAUACUGUGUCCCACAAGGCAAUGUGCUUAACUUGACCUUCCAUUUCCAGUGUGACGAAUGAACUGGAAGUAAUUAUAGCCACGAUUUUUAACAUCUGUUUUGACUCAUUAUUUGACCUGACUGCCAAAAAAUAAGCAAAUUUUUCACCAAAUGGGAUUUAAAAGCUAAAUAAACAUUUAUAUUUACAAGAUGGUAUCUGGAUAUUCAUCACAUGCAGCAAGAAGUCAUAUCACAACAAUAUAGCAUAGGUUUGUUUGAAAUGUUUAUCACGGAAUAUUGCCUCCUAUUUCACUUGCUGUUUUUAAAAUAAUUUCUGAACAGUACACAAUGUAUACUAUGCAGUAUUCAGUAAGUUUGCUAUAGUAUUCCAUUCCGAACAUAGCCAGAGACUAAUUCAACAAGAGGCUGUGAGAGACUGAUGGUGUAGUGACCAUUUGUUUCUGAGUAUGUUGUUAACUGUAGUGAGGUUAUGUAACUGUAUUACGCUUUGGUUCGAGGACAGACAUUAGAAGUUGAGCCCUACAGAGCUUCCAAUAGAAAGACCCAGCCCCCUAUUUCUGGAAACACCCCCCACCCCAAUGAUUUCUCUGCAGUGCCAUGCUGUUGUGCUGAAAA